AUGGGAGUGACUGGACUCUGGCCGAUUCUUGCGCCAUCUGCCCGCCCAACGCCUCUCGCGGCACUCAAUCGGAGACGUCUCGCCGUCGAUGCCUCCAUCUGGAUUUAUCAAUUUCUCAAGGCAGUACGCGAUAAGGAAGGAAAUGCACUUCGUAACUCUCAUAUUGUCGGGUUCUUUCGUCGCAUUUGUAAACUCCUCUAUUAUGGCAUUAAGCCUAUCUUUGUUUUUGACGGUGGCGCACCUGUACUAAAACGCCAGACCAUAUUGGCGCGCAAACAACGACGUGAGGGGCGUCGAGAAGACGCUGCACGAAUCGCAAGCAAAUUAUUGGUACUACAGAUGAAGCAGAGGAGUGAGAAGGGAUGGAAAGGAGAUGUUAGUAUGUCUGGUCGUCAGGACCCGAAUCUUUUCCGAGAAGAUGAAGCCGCCGAAAGUAUUCCAGCCGACAAGGAUUUAGUUUAUUACGGCGAGAUGGGCAUGUCAGUCGAAGAUCGGCUGCAGAAUCGAAAGUUCCACAAGACUGACGCUUAUCAUCUUCCCGAACUAACCAAUGGUAUUGAAGGCAUGGGACAACCAAACGAUCCGCGCAUAAUGAGUGCUGAAGAGCUCCAAAUGUAUGCUAAACAGUUUAAAAAUGGCGAAGAUAUCAAUCUAUAUGACUUUAGUAAGAUUGAUUUUGAUGGGGACUUCUUCAUGAGCCUACCCACCGUUGAUCGCUACAACAUCCUCAAUGCUGCAAGGUUACGAAGUAGGUUGCGAAUGGGUUUGAGCAAGGAGCAACUGCUCGUCAUGUUCCCAAACAGCAUGGAUUUUUCGCGAUUCCAGAUUGACCGAGUGAAGGAAAGAAACGAACUAACUCAGCGGCUUAUGAAUCUGAAUGGAAUGAACGAAGAUUUGCUCGGCGUUGGUAGUCGUCGCAUAGCCGGUGAUUCUAGUCGGGAAUAUGUACUGGUAAAAAACGAGGGAGCAGAAGGAGGAUGGGCACUUGGUGUUGUGUCUACAGAUCAGAAACGGGCAGGGGAAAGGUGUAAACCGAUCGAUGUCGACCAGUUUGGCCAAAACAAACAAGUCAGCAUCGACAGUGAUGAGGAUGAUGAAUUUGAAGACAUCCCGGUCGAAGGUUUGAAUAGACUGCCUACAGUAAAACAGAAGUCAGAUGCGGAUUGGUAUACAAAUUUAGAUCGCAAGAACUAUGACUUUACCGAACAAGCCGAUGAUUUGCGGACAGAAGAACAGAAAAGUGACAUGGAUACGCUAUUUGUGGAGGACAAGAAUGCGGUAACCUCGUACGACAAAGAUACGCUCGAGGAUGACGAAGCAUUAAGACAGGCUGUAGCUAUGUCUUUAUUGCCAUUUGAUGAAGAUCUACAUGACCCCGAGCCGCAAUAUCACUUAGGGAAUUUUGACUCUACACAUCCAAAAGAUAGCGGCAUCGAAUCCGAAUACUCUAAUUCCAUACCAAAAAAUACUAUCUCACUGCACAGUAAUAGUAGUGACGAAAAGCCAAAAUUCCACAUAAUCCACGAUCAAGCUACGGCUAUAGACCCAAACCACAAGAACACUGCGCAUGAUGAUGACAGUGAUGAUGGAGUUGAUUUACAGGCAAUUCUUGCCAAAGCGCGAAAACAAGAACCAUCUGAAAAGCGAAUGGCACCCGUAGUGUUAGCCUCACAAAAUAAUUUCGAUGGUCCCCUACCAUUUGAGAAGCUAGGCUCUAUAUUUACUAGUGCGCGUGAAGAAAAGAAGCCUGAAUCUAAAGCAAAUCAUGAAGAAGCGGGCAUGUCAGGAGGGUUUGAGAUAGACUCAGAGACCCAAAAAAUAUCUAAACCUCUUCCACCCUGGCUUUCGGGCCAGGGUGACAUUAGGUCAGAAAUUGAACUACAGCGGUGCAGAGAUCAAGAACUGAAUGCAGAAGAUGCCGAAGAAAGAGGAAAGAUUCUUGAAGAACAAAAGUGGAUCUUCAGGCAUGACAUGCCAGUGAUUAUUGAAUCUUCGGACGAAGAGGACGAAUUUAAACCUUCAGAGUCUAUGUCUCAAAAGAAAGAUACAACUUUACCAGAGCUUCAUGAUGAGCUGCCUCACACAAAUAUAACCUCUAGUCGAAACGAGGUUAUUGAUAGGGCAUCUGUGCAGCCUGAAAGCAAUCCUGCGGAUUCUGACGAAAUAGAAUGGCCAGAGACUGAUUAUGAAGAUAAAAUUCCGAAAAAACUAGAUUUUAUGUCGUCAUUCCGAAGACCAAAAGAGGUAUCCUCUACAUCUGGAAAUGGUGCUAUGUCUAUCAAUAAUGAAGCCAAAGAUCUGGCGCACACUGAGAGCCCGAAUAUAAUAUUCGAAGAUAUUGAUAUCACAGAACAAGCUACAGAACUUCCAUCUAAUCAGCAACCCAACCAUUCGAUUCCUCUGUCAUCAAAUGUUAACAAUAAAUAUGAGAAUAUCGUCAUCGGAAUAGACGAAUAUAAUGAACAUAGUGAUCCUGAUGAUGAAGAGCUCCUAGCCCAGUUGGCCCUAGAAGCUGAAGAGCAUGGUCGUUUCGCUGCAAAACUUAAUAAUAAGACAGAGAUCGAAAAUCAACAUGAUUACGAGAAGGAACUACAAGCCUUGCGGUCUCAACAAAAAAAAGACCGUCGAGAUGCAGAUGAAAUUACUCAGACAAUGAUAACAGAAUGCCAAGCCCUACUUAGUCUCUUUGGCAUACCUUACAUAACGGCACCCAUGGAAGCUGAAGCUCAAUGCGCAGAACUUAUUCGAUUAGGACUAGUUGAUGGUAUCGUCACGGAUGAUUGCGAUAUAUUUCUCUUCGGUGGCACCCGUGUUUAUAAAAAUAUGUUCAAUUCCAACAAGUUUGUCGAAUGCUACCUAGCAGCUGAUAUUGAGAAAGAGCUUUCUCUCUCUCGAGAACAGCUCAUCUCAAUGGCCCACCUACUAGGAUCUGACUAUACUGAGGGCCUGGCUGGAAUCGGGCCCGUGAGUGCCCUCGAAAUUAUCUCGGAAUUUUCGAGCAUCUCAGAAUUUGCGGCAUGGUGGUCUACUGCUCAGUACUCUAGCGCCCCCGAGACGUCGAAAGUUCGGAAGAGAUUUCGGCGGGCACAGGCUGCCAAACUCUUCCUUCCCUCCAAUUUUCCCAGUCCUGCUGUCACGGAGGCCUACUGGCGACCGGAGGUUGAUGAUAGUAAGGAAGAGUUUCAGUGGGGUGUACCAGAUCUCGAGCGAUUGCGUGAAUUUCUCAUGGCAACGGUUGGCUGGAGUCGGGAGCGCACCGACGAGAUCUUAGUUCCGGUCAUUCGGGAUAUGAAUCGCCGCGAAGCCGAAGGAACUCAAACCAAUAUUACUCAUUUUUUUGAUGGCAGCGUUGGCACCGGGGUGCGCGGACCGGUCGGGGUCGGCAGUGCGCCUGGCGGAAGCAAGCGAAUGCGUGAGGCCGUCGGUCGCCUGCAGGCCAAGAAACCGGGACCUGCACGCCUCGAACGAACGUUUGGCGAUGAAGCUCGGGAAUGGGUCGAGCGCGAACAAUCUGGAAAGAAGCCAGACUCAGCAACAGGCCUCAUUCGAGGGAAGCGGAAGAGAACUUCGACCACGCGUAAUAGUAACCAUAGUGCGGCUUAUGCUUCGGACAAAGAGGCUUCACCACCGCUGGAUGAAGCCGCUUCGGCUUCAGUGAAGACUACAUUAUUGUCAGGCCGAGCGCAGCAACGCGGACGACGUCGCGCAAAGGUCUCGCGUAAGAAAUAA